AAACCCCGAAACGACUCCAAUUCAAACCCUCAUUUGUUCUCUCUCUCUCUCAAUUCGAUUUUUUUUUUUUUUUCAUAGACACAAAAACUUAAUCGUCGAAGCGCUAGAUUCUCUCGAUCGCUCUCAUCCUAUCCCUCUCUUUCUCUAAAAAUGGCAAAUGCAGCAUCGGGGAUGGCUGUGCAUGAUGACUGCAAGCUAAAGUUUCUAGAAUUGAAGGCAAAAAGAACUUACCGCUUUAUAGUUUUCAAGAUCGAAGAAAAGCAAAAGCAGGUUAUUGUGGAGAAGCUUGGUGAACCAGCUCAAAGUUAUGAGGACUUCACUGCCAGCCUACCUGCUGAUGAGUGCCGAUAUGCUGUCUACGAUUUUGAUUUCGUAACUGCAGAAAAUUGCCAAAAAAGCAGGAUUUUUUUCAUUGCAUGGUGUCCUGAUAUAUCAAGGGUAAGAAGCAAGAUGAUUUAUGCAAGCUCCAAGGAUCGGUUCAAGAGAGAGCUUGAUGGUAUUCAGGUAGAAUUGCAAGCAACUGAUCCUACUGAGAUGGGCCUUGAUGUUAUUAGAAGCCGAGCAAGCUAAAUUUUCAUACUUUGGAGAGUUCUCCACCCAUCUGCUUUACUAUGUUAAAUGUUUAUAGUUUGUGGAACCUAGAACUUCCCCAGGUAUAAUAUUGGCGUGUUGUCCGUCUUGUCUUCAUCAAGAACAUCAGUGGUGUCAAUUAUACAUUGUGGUUGUUAUUUGUGGGAUUAUGCUAUAUCUUCUUUUUGUGUGAUUUUGAUGAACUAAUAUGUGAUGGUUGGCGGGGAUAGAUAUUACUGAUGUCAGUCUGUUUGCAUACAUGAAAUGGAUAUUUUCCUAUCCUCUAUAGAUACGGCAACGUUAAAUA